UUAGAUGGGACGAGAUGCAGAUGGCGCUCCAAACCGUAUUCCUUUCGCGUUAGAUACAUUGACGCUGCUUUAAUAAAACAAAAAUAUGAGCAUAUUGGACAUCAUGCAGGAGUAUAUGCGCAGUGCAGUUCAGUUUUGGUUGGCCUACGAUCACAGACUUUUAACGAGUUCUUACUAGGUUCUAGCCAAGCCGUUGAAGAGACCGCUGCUAGGGCAUUUUGACUCGGUCCCUAAUUCGUCAGUGCUUUUAAAGUUACCGCUGUAAGAAGGUUGCCUUGUGUAGAUUACAGUGCUGGGGAGUUCGCUCAUCGCCUGGUAGCUCCAGCAAAACGUGACUACGUUCCUUUUUUGUAUUUAUUUGUUCGCUUACCUUUAAUCGGCUUCCCAAACAAGAUGUAACUUCUUAUACUCAAUACACAGUCUUUUAGAAUACUGUUAAAUAUUUUUUUAAUGAGCCCUGUUUCGCCGAUGGAAGAUAGCCUACUGUUAAUUAUUUUGAGUAUGUUAUGCCGAAGUGAUUUUUUGUUUUCUUUUUCCCUUUUCAUUGUGGAUUGGUAAUUCGGGAUUUUGCCAACGAAACGCGGCGUUUGUUUCGCGAAGGAAAUACGGAACAGGGGAGUUAAGGCGUUACGGCUCGACAACAAACCGGGGAUUUAAAUCGCUUGGUGCUCCGCGAAAAUAGAGAAACCUUUACAAUUCAUGUGGCGCUUUUCUGUUUAGCAACUACAGUCUGGAUUGCAGAAUGAGCAAGGAAAGACCCAAGAGAAACAUAAUCCAAAAGAAAUACGACGACAGCGAUGGCAUUCCCUGGUCAGAGGAGCGAGUGGUGCGCCGAGUCCUCUAUCUCUCCCUCAAGGAGUUCAAGAGCUCCCGGAAACGGCAACUCGGGGAGGACGGCAUCAGCGAUGGAACCAAGGGUGCGAAUGGCUCGUUGGCGAUUGGUCAGCUGAAUGGCUCGGGGUCCAAAGGCCUGGCUAAGGAGGGCGGCCGGGGUUCGACUCAGAGCACAGAUGGCGGCAGUGACUACUCGGAGGACGGCCCAGUCAAGAAGAGGCCCAGACUGCAAGCCCAGAGGAAGUUUGCUCAGUCUCAACCCAACUCUCCCAGCACGACCCCAGUGAAGGCAGCUGAGGCUAUGCUGCCCACCCCUGCCUCGCAGAUCACGGACCUCUCCAGGCGCAAGCCCAAAACGGAGGACUUCCUGACCUUCCUCUGUCUCCGAGUCUUCAACGGCUACAGCAAGGCGUCGCGGGACAGAGAGGGUGCCGGCAAGCUGAAGGGCCGGGAGGCGACGCCGGCGAAGGAGCGCGGCGAGCGGCCAGACAGCCGCAGGGAACAGCCCCUCCCACACGCUGGAGCCCCAGCCAGGGGGCCCUCCGCCGGCAGCGUCCCAUACAAGCGCGCGGCCGAAGAGCUCCGCAAGCAGGUUUCCAAGGUGAACGGACUCACGCGGGGAGCCCCUGCCGUCACGCACACAGCCAGUGCCAAAAAAACAAAGGACUUCCGUCUGCCGUCCAAAACUGUGAAGUGCACGCAGGCUACGAGCAAAGCCCGUGUCACGCACACCAAAGCCAAGGGGGCGCUGGUCAGGAGGUCCAGACUGAACCACAGCAAACACGCCACGCUCCACAGACCGCCCCCAAGAAACCACUACCACCCCGGCAACGGACUGCCCCACUCCAACUCAGGAAAAGCCCAAGGUAGCAAUGCAAAAACACGCAAACAGGUGCUAUUGUCCAACGGGGCGCACAAGCUGGCCACCGAGGGCGCCGCACGCCUCAACGGGCGCCUCAAUGGGCAGCUGCUCCCCAAAGACGGCGCCCCCCAGGGCCGGGAGGGCCUUCGCAACUCCAAGAGACGGCUAGCGGCGGCGGGGGCCACGGUCCAGCUGCUUCUGGAGAGAUCCAAGAAACCGAAGCCUCCGGCCCCCGCCCCCGAGGCUCCCGGUGAGGCGGCCGUGCCCAGCGGGGCGGCAGUGCCGAACGGGCAUGUCGCCACGGAGACGGGCGCGCCCAGCCCGGAACGUCAGCGGCCCAGGCGCUCCACCGCGGGGCGACUCAUGUUCGGCCGGCACUCGCAGAUCUCCAGCGUGGGGCUGGCGCAACAGCAGGCCGCCCCUGACUGCUCCCCUACCUCAGCCCACGAGCCGCCCCGCCCCCAGCACAAGCAGGCAGAGCCCCGUGCCAAGGCCGGCUGCCCCCCCAUUACGGACGUGCUGGUGCUGCGACCCAAUUCCACGGAGUUCCAGGACCCGCUGGCGUACCUGGACUCGGUGCGCGAGCGGGCCGAGCCCUACGGGCUUUGCCGCAUAGUCCCCCCGCCCGAGUGGCGGCCCGAGUGCAAGCUGAACGAGGACAUGCGCUUCGUCACGCAGGUGCAGCACGUGCACAAGCUGGGCCGGCGCUGGGGCCCCAACGUGCAGCAGCUGGCCUGCAUCAGGAAGCACCUGCGCUCUCAGGGCAUAACCAUGGAUGAGCCGCCCCUCAUCGGGGGCUGCGAGCUGGACCUGGCCCGCUUCUUUCAGCUCAUCAACGACAUGGGCGGAAUGCAGCAGGUAACGGACCUCAAGAAGUGGAGCAAGCUGGCGGACCUGCUGCGGGUGCCGCGCUCCGCCCAGGACCGGCUGGCUAAACUGCAGGAGGCCUACUGCCAGUACCUGCUGUCCUACGACUCGCUGUCAGCCGAGGAGCGCCGGAGGCUGGAGCGGGAGGUGCUGGCCGAGAAGGAGAACCUAGAGUGUCGGCGGGGGCCCCUGGAGGGCCACUCAGAGAAUGCACAUCGCUCGCUGGCACUGCCGCGCUACGAACCCAAGAACGGCCUGGUCAACGGCAUGGUGCACAAGGAUGGCCUUCGUGGCCGACUCAAGGACGCCGUGGACGCCCUCAAGAUGGGCCGGCGCCGGCUGUUCGCUCAGGAGAGGAAGGCUGACGAGCAGGAGGACCGCGGCAUCCUCAGCGACCAGCACAAGUGUAUUUACAAGGGCCGUUCUGUUUCCUUGACCACCUUCUACCGGACAGCCAGGAACACUAUGAACAUGUGCUUCAACAAGGAGCCCACGGCCGCCGAAGUGGAGCAAGAGUACUGGCGCAUCGUGGAGCAGAAGGACUGCCAUGUGGCCGUCCACAGCGGGAAGGUGGACACCAGCACUCAUGGGAGUGGUUUCCCUGUGGCCAAGUCGGAGCCCUUCUCCAAGCAUGGAUGGAACCUCACAAUCCUGCCCCACAACUCUGGGUCCAUCCUGCGUUACCUUGGUGCUGUGCCUGGGGUGACCGUCCCCUGGCUGAACAUCGGCAUGGUGUUUUCUACCUCAUGUUGGUCUCGCGACCAGAACCGCCUUCCAUUCAUCGAUUACUUACACACGGGUGCGGACUGCAUCUGGUAUUGUAUUCCUGCUGAAGAAAAAGCGAAGCUGGACAAAGUGGUGCACACCUUGCUGCAGGCCAACGGCACCCCUGGGCUGGAGAUGCUGGAGAAGAACAUCAUGAUCUCUCCGGAGGUUCUCUCCCGCGAGGGCAUCAAGGUGCACCGCACGGUGCAGCAGAGUGGCCAGUUCGUCGUCUCUUUCCCGGGAACCUUUGUGUGCAGGGUCUGCUGUGGGUACAGCGUCUCCGAAAGCGUGCACUUUGCCACCCCCCAGUGGAUGAACCUGGGAUACGAGGCUGCUAAGGACCUGAAAUGCCGGCGCAUCGCAAAACCCUUUUCCAUGGAGAAGCUGCUCUACCAAAUCGCCAUGUUCGAGUCCAAGCGUGAGAACGGCCACGUUCUGGGCACAAUCGCCACUCUUCUCAAAGAUCUCAGGGACAUAGAGAUGCGCCAGCGGCAGAAGCUGUACGAGGCCGGACUGCUUUCCUCGGCCCGCUACGGCUCGCACGAUGGCACUCAGGCUCCCGGCGAGGCCAGGAAGAAGCAGCGCAAGUGGUUGGCACUGGAGUCAUCGGAGCGCCGCUGCCAGACAUGCCAGCACCUCUGCUACCUAUCCAUGGUCGUCCAGGAGAACGAGAAUGUGGUCUUCUGCUUGGAGUGCGCGUCACACCAUGUGGAGAAACACAAGUCCUGCCGGGGCCUGAAGAUGAUGUAUCGCUACGACGAGGAGCAGAUCGACAGCCUGGUGGACCUCGUGUGCGGCAAGGCAAUGAAAGGCCAUCAGAACUGUAACGGGGUCGUGCCGGGCAAGAUGGCUGCCAAGCGCGGCCCGCGGAAGCGAGCGACGGUGGAGGUUUCACGCUCCCGCCUCCCGUCCUCCCAUCUGGCCAAAAGUGCUACGGGUUCCUAGUGAAGAUGCCAAGAAGUCCCAGGGUGGUGUUCUUUAUUUGUUGUAACCCUUGCCCACGAUACCCCACUUGUCACCCACUUCCUUCCUGCCAUGAGGAAGUUUUUGCACUAGAGUUUGAUGUCAUCCUUGUUUUUAUGAGGUCUUCUCAUGUGGAAGAGCCUAGCAUUACAUUGACAUUUAUGUGGCUGCACCCCCCCGCCUCACCCUCCCCCCCCCGGCCAUCAGACGCCGAUCCUGACCCAUGAACCUGGCAGACAAAAAAACCGCUCCCUUUAAAUGACGUGGUCGGUGACAACACACACCAGCGCAGUCUUGCUCCGGUUCAGUCUUUCCUUGGUGGGGGGUGCCAACUUUGUUUUCUGGGUGCUUCUGUCAUUUAUCCCCCCUCCCCCCUGCUGGGGGAGGUAGUCAUGGGAGAGGAGCCUUAUGUGGGGCUCUGCGCUUCAGGAAGGUUCCGGCAAGACUGGAGUGGCCAACUGGACACGUGCAAAAUGCCGCCCUCCCACAAGCAUGUGGAAACUGUGCCUGAUUUUAUUAGGACACCUUGUGUUGGUUUUUCUGUUUAUUUUUUGGUGCUGUUGGGUAUUACUGUAUAUCAGACAUCAAACAGGAAGUGCUGCGUGCUAGUUCUGUUCAGCAGGAAGGUGUGGGUCCUUCCCCUUUAGACGUGCAAUCCUAUUAACAUUCCAUACAUUUAGUCCUACAGUUUCAUCCGUACCGGUAAGCAUUAAUAAUUAUAUUAUUUUUAAUGUUUUGAUUUUUAUUUUGAUCUGAUGGGCUUCACAGGUAGAGCCACUAGGUCUGAAAUGUGAAAUACGAGAAUCCCAGUUUUUUGGUUUUUUUUGUCCCUCAUUUUUGGGUUUUCCGCUUUUCCAGAUGUAUUAUAAACGCCGUGAGAUGAAUGAAAAACAGCAGACUCUCUUUUUGUACAUAGUCCUGUAAAUUUCUUUAAAUACUUGAGCCUUCUUGGGGUGUGGGGGUGGGGGUUGAUGAAGAAAUAGCCUUACAUUUCAGAUUCUUCAUCUUACAGGGUCGCUCUUGUACCAUAAAUAAGUGCUGCUUACGUCACAAGGAGAAGAAAAGAAAAUGACCUGGAGUAGUGGCGCCCCCUUUAGUUUUUCUAGCUUUACUUUUUUAAAGAAAAGGGAAAAUAUUCACAAAUGGUUUUUACAUUUUCAUUACUGAAAAUUACAACGAUUUAGUAGCUACUCAUGUUGCACUGAGCUUGCCAGUGGUGACUGUCAAGAUCUUAUACCCUGUUUGUCGGUCGCUGUCCUUCACGGAAGACUGAGCUGUUUUAGGAUAUUUAAUGAAAACAGAGUUGUGUUUUCAGACAGUGUGGUUGUCAAGUUUUUAUGGCCUUACGAUGUAUUUUAUUCCGAAUUAGUUUUGUUGUCCUUUUCUACGGUAAAACUUGCUUACAGUCUGACGUCUUUAAUUUAUUAGCCCCACCUCCUUCCUCCCACAGGGAAACAAAUGUUCAUGUUGCUUAUUGCCAGUUUAAAUUUUUUUCCCCCGAGUUUGUACUUUUAAGGUUUAAUAAACUAAAGGACGAUUCACUGUCAA